AUGUCGAUUGUUGGUCAUGGUUGGGACAAUGAAUUUGACCGAUUUGAAUCUUCGGUCGCUAAUUUGUUCGAUGCGCCCAGACGUUACGGCCAUUCGAAUAGAAACAAUCAACUUUCAAAGUCUUGGGCACCUCCUCUCGAUGUUCAUGAGACAGAAAAAGAAUACAUUGUCAAUGCUGAAUUACCUGGCGUUAACAAGGACAAAAUCAAUGUUGACAUUCGCGAGAACGCUCUCAUAAUUUCGGGUGAAACAAAACAUAAUCAGGAGUAUAAAGAAGGAAGUACACAUAUUCAAGAACGUCGAUAUGGCUCGUUUCAUCGUGCCAUCACACUCCCUUCAAACGUCAAGUCCAAUGAGAUUACAGCCAAAUUUGAACAAGGCAUUCUUGAGGUGAAGAUUCCUAAAGGUGAAGCGCCUGGUAGUAGGAAGGUCGCUAUUCAAUAA